UGUAUUUUGAAGAGGAUACUUUUAAUAGGUUACACCGUAAAUCAAGUCUGCUCGUCACUAGCAAUAGCGGUAGCAUCAUGGCUUUAUGUCAUGUGUACUCAGCUGGGUCUGGCCUCACAACGGCGUAUUUCAUCAAGCAUGAAAAAUCAGUAUAUUAGCUUAGAACACCUGCUCUAGCAACGAACAUAAAUCGAUUCGUCUUUUGUUGACAUUUCCUGAUGUAUAUAUACUGUUUAGCCGUUUAAUCACGAAGAGUUUUUAACAAGUAAAAACUCGUUGGAUGUAUAUUGCCGUAAUCAACUUUGAAGUAAACUGUUAGAUCUCUAGUUGAACAACAUAACUCACAGGUUUACAUAACUACAGAUAUUUCAGCUUUGACCUCGGCCUGUGUCUAGAAUGCGACAAGUGUUUAAUAUCUGUUAUACAACAAUCUUAACGUAUUGAUUAGUUUAAUGGUUGAAAGUUUCUGUAAAGAUAGCAUUAUCUUUACAUCAAACAGUUUUUGAAGGAGCUGUGAUUUUGUAAAUAAUGGAUAUGUUGCAUAGCAUUGUUUUAUAUCUCGAUGACCCAUAUUUAGUUGCACGAUUUCAACGCUUUUGUGGAUUGUCUUACAACGAAAAUUCUGCAAGAUUGGCGCCGUCCAGCAAUAUGUAUUCUCAAUCGGGAUUAAAAAAUUCUUCAAUAGUCUUUCGCGAUGAAGAUGAUCCCUGGAAAGUUUGUCAUUUUGACCAAAAUGGGGCAAAGGUUCCAGAUGAAGAUGAAAGUAGUGAUAAAUGUAUCCGUCGCAAUGUAAAAGCACCAAAACCAUCGGGGGUUACGGAAACCGAUGCAGGGGAUCAAGUUAACUUACAGAACGGUGGCAAGCCCAUUAAAAACACAACUUCUAACCCAGAUGAGAAAAAGAACGAACUCCCUUACAAAAUACAAUACAAAUCUAUCUACUAUCUAUUCAGUUUUGGAGCUGCCUUGGGCGACGAAUUGUUUUACACUACUUUCUUCCCUUUCAUUUUGUGGAACUUGGAUUUUUUCGUCUCUCGGAAAGUUGUGGUUAUGUGGUGGAUUACGCUUUACUUAGGCCAAGCAACUAAAGACAUCGUCAAGAGACCACGUCCCAUUUCACCCCCAGUGAUCAAGUUGGAAGCUCGAUAUGAAUUGGAGUACGGAAUGCCUUCGACACAUGCGAUGGUUGGCACUUGCAUACCUUUCUCUAUGCUAUAUCUGUUCCACCAGAGAUAUGAUUUCCCGUUCAAUAUUGGCCUAAUGUUGGCCAUUGCCUGGACCACAUUAAUAUCACUUAGCAGGAUCUACCUUGGAAUGCAUUCAGUUUUGGACAUCAUUGUUGGGGUUCUGUACGUGUGUAUAAUCCUUCCUUUGAUCUACCCCUACCUUCAAGUUUUGGAUCAUUUUUCAGUAACACAUCCUGUGGCGCCUUUCUUCACCAUAGGUGUACCUUUUCUGCUCUGCUUGUUGUAUCCACCUGUGGACAAAUGGAACACAGCACGCAGGGAUACAACCUUACUUAUUGGCGUUGGCGCUGGCAUUUCUGUCGGAUCAUGGCUUUGUUACCAACAUGGAUUCGCAACAUCAAGCUAUCCAAUCCCGGUUCCAUUGGAAAUACCUUCAUUCACUGCAGUGAUUUUAUGCUUUAUAAGGUUGAUCAUCGGAGUUCCAAUUAUGUUGAUUACAGCAGAACUUCUGCGGUUGAUAAUCCGAAACAUUUGCAAACAUAUAUUUGGAAUAAACAUAAAGGACCCCAAAGUCAAAAGGAUGCAAAUUUACGAACUGACCGAUAGUUUCUUACCGUUUCUGAUUGUGGCCAUAAAUGUAACUUAUGGUAUCCCAAUGAUAUUCUCAGUUCUUGGGAUUGAUAGACCUUCCUAUUAUGCAGAACUACUACCUCCUGCUUCUAUCUAGAGAUCAAGCACAUUCAGCAAGAUGACAACUAAUCAAUCUAUGCAAUGAAUGGCUGUUAUGCUUUCUAAAUAUGAGUGCAGCUAGAACAAGAAGCUACAGUUAUUAGUAUUACUCCAGAUAACCAUAUCUAUAUACAUAUACAUGUAUGUAUGUACAGCAUAUUAACAAAUGUAUGUUUCCACAAAUGUGUGUGUCUCUACGUGAGGGAGAGAAAGAUUUUAUAUGUGUAUGUGUGUGUGUGUAUAUAUAUAUAUAUAUAUAUAUAUAUAUAUAUAUAUAUAUAUAU